UUUUUUUUUUUUUAUCUUCUUCUUUCCUUUUGUUUUUUAUUAUUUUCGUUCUCUUAUAAGGAUGGCAGCACAAGUGAUCAGUGUCAGUUUUUCUGCCAUAACCGACAAAAUCAUCUGUCAAAGUCAUGACUUGGAAGUAUGUCAAGAUUGUCAAGUGGAUUGGACACAGCAUAAUGAAUUAGCAAGUUCCUUUAAAGGGUUAAAGGAAUUGCCACCACCCAAUAAACCAAUCGCUUCAGUAAACGGACAGGUCACACAGCUUAAAGUAGAAGGUAACGGCGCGUACAAGGUCAACAGCUAUAACAAGGCCAUCGAACUUUACACAGCUGCUGUAGAGCUAUCAUGGAGUCGAGUGCUCUGGGAACCCUUGGCCUUCCAGUUUGUAAAAGAAGAAUUAGCACCUAUUCUCAGUAACCGAUCGUCUGCUUAUUAUAAUAUGGGGAGAUAUGGGGAAGCCCUGGUUGAUGCAGAAAUAGUGAUUCGUUUGAAGAAGGAUUGGAGCAAAGGAUAUUACCGAAAGGGUAAAGCGUUGUUUGAACUCAAAAGAUUCGCAGAAGCCAUUACAUGUUAUCGUAGUGGGUUACUGUAUGAAGAGGAUAGUCAGGAUCUGUUGGAAGCUUUAAAAGAAGCUGAGAAUGCAGAUCAUUAAAAAAUAAUUUUAAUAAACAUUGCAAGAAAAGGAGAAUUUUGUGUAAACAG